UUGAUAUACAGUAGAUUAAAAAAAAAAUAUAUAGCAUUAUGAAAUUCAAAAAAAGUUUAAUUAUUCGGCUCAUUGAAAAACGCCAAUUUUUACUCGAAAAAUUGCUCUUUUUUCGGGAGAUUAUGGUUUUAAACUCAGGUAUAGUUAAAAUUCAACACUUUUUUAUGUUUCAGUUCAAUACUAUUAUUUAUUAAUAAAAAUUGAAUUGAUACUGCUUACGGUUACUUAGAUUAUACUGAAAAUUUAUCAGAUUGAAAAGUAAAACUCAAAAAAGUUGUAAAGCGGCACAUUGCGAUUUUUUUUAAUUGUAAGGACAACUGUGAUCUUCCUGAGGCUUUACAUAUACUGUUGCAGUAAAUAUAUAAGGAAAUAAUGAAAUAAUUAAAAAAUACUUUUUUUAAACCACUAUACUUCCCCAGACACACGUGGGUCUACAGUGUCCACUACCAAAAUGCAAAUAGCUUGAUGGCUCGCCACGAACUGUGGGCCAAGGUUGCUGAUUGGUGCCCGAGUUCCUCUCUCCUCCAGGACUACCGAUUUACAGAAACAGACUGGACACCACAGACCCAUGUGUGUCAACGGAGGGAUAAUUAUUUCAAUUAAAUUAAUUAAUUUUAAUUUUAAUUUUAAUUUAAAUGUGUAAAUUGGAUGAUGUUCAGUGUCACACGGUGCGAAGGGCGCGCUUGCGGAGUGUCGUGGCGAAUCGUCUACUUGUUGCUAGCCCACGGACUCCGUCCAUUGUAGUCGCAGAGACACGACGUCGAAAAUUUCUCCACACAAACAUGGAUUGGCAGUACAACGAUGAAUCUCGACAGUAUUUUUCCGCGUAGCCAGCGUAUAUAGUGAAGUUUGUUUACAGAUUGUGUGCACGGUCGUCGCAAAGGGAGGGACUCGGGUCCUCGGGUGUAAAAUAGUGGGCAGUAGGUCUGCCGCCUGACGCACGAUGCGUUACGUCAACGAAGAAGGAUCCUCAUAGAAGUGUAAAGCCCGUAGUGUUACUUUGACAAAGAAUUAACUCGCGGCCGAUUCUUUUGCUGCAUAUUAUUCGCUCUCUCGCCACGAAAAAUUUUCUUCUCCAGAAUUAACCCUUUGUCACAAGUUAUUGGAUUCGAAAAAUCGAAAGAGCUGGACGCCGUGGUGCCGGAACAAAGGAAAUGUUCAAUUUUUUCCACGGAGAGUUUUUACGAUAUCCAUUUUCGAAAAAUAAAGUUUCGCGAUAAAAUAAGAGCUCAAUUGAAAAACAAAAUCGUGUUGUGUGACAGUGGAAUAAGCGUUUUUACUUUAAUUAUCGUCUCGAACCAGAACGUUCGUGCAGCUUAACAAUUCUCACAGUUUUCUGAAUCAAAUAAACAGUAAAAAACCGAUUACGAGCCUUGAAAUAAUGUUAUUGGUUAGAAAGAUUUCAGAAAUUCUGUCAAAUCUCACGAUAUUUUUCCGAUCUCUCGAAUGUUCGAAUUCAUGAAAAGUGGAUUCGAACACAUCACUUGAAAACAUCAGUUGGCACUUGUAAAAAAUUUAUUUUACCUAAAAAUAGAUGCAAGAUUCGUAAUUUCAUACUGAUAUUAUAUUUUCAUCUACAAAUUCCUUAAUUUAGUUGUAUAUUAAUUUAAUUUUAAUUAAUUUUAUAUUAAAUUAAUAGUAAUAAGAUUAAAAUCACAAGAACACUGAAAAUUACGGAAAUUGCGAAACCGCCCUAGAAAAGUUUACUCUUAAGGUGGUUUAGUGUGAAAUGCUCUGCAGGCUGAAUCGCGAGUUCGCAAGCUUCCGAGAAUCAUCGAAGUAAAGUCAAUUUCAAUGGAUGGAGUGAAAACGACAGAAAGGACUGGGAACUUUUCAGCGAGAUCGCCCUCGGCUGACGUCAUUUAUUUAACAGGCAGAAAUCUGAAUUGCCUUCCCGAUAUAAUUUUGCAAAUAUCUAUAAGAAUAACGCACUAAGCGAUUAUCUCUUGUCAAUAGAAGAACCGAUAAAUCCGUUAUCUGAUCGAGCAACCGUCGACAGAAUUAAUCCAUCCCGUUCGAGCGAAGAGCAAGACUACAAAGUUAGUUCUUCGACCGUGCAUGUCGGGAGUGCACCAACAACGAUGAACAACGCCCCAGGAACGAGUCAAUUCGUUCGUGUGCUCAGUGAGUUCAGUCUCACCACAGAACCCGGCGUAAUCCCACUCUCUGAGGCACCGAAAACGACGAAGAAGGGGGAUCGGUCUGUACACGUGAAACCCGUCAAACCUGCUCUUGCGCCCUCACGGGAGAAGUAUAAAUUCCGUCCGGAAUGGCGGAAGCUCCCGGAUAUGAAAAGGUGGUUAACACAAACAAAAGAUCCGUCCAGAGCCUUCUGCAAGUACUGCAAAGUAGAACUUGUCGCCUUGCUGAAUAAUUUACGGAUCCACGCAAAGUCUGACAAGCACAGGAACGCGGCGGAUAAAUACCUACCUGCGAGUCGCAAACGAGCGGUGAAUAAGUCUGAGGCGGUGAGCACGGUCACAAAACAACGAGAAAAACAACACCGACAGCCAGACGAGAGGGAGCAGCCCGCUCCCUCUCGUCUGGCGUACGCCGCGAUGCUCGAAGCGAAUGCUGUUUUUGAUUAUCCGAGUCGACUGCAGAGAAACACGUCCUCGGAAGCGAGCGUGGACGAGAUCGAAAGAACUAAUCAAAUCACGAGUCUCGGGUCGCACUAUUUUGAAUCGUUGGUCAAGGACAUUGGUGACAGUUACUACAGUCUGUUGCUUGACGAAUCUCCGGAUAUUACAGUGAAUAAAAUUCUUGGGAUUGCGAUCAGAUACUACAGUGCGAGCAGCAUGAGAAUCGUCUCCGCGUAUUUGGGCUUGACGAAAAUUGAGGACGCAACUGUCGCAGACAUCGUAGGAGCAAUUAAAAAAAUGCUCCAUCGCGCACAUUUGAAACUAGAAAACCUCCAAGGCAUUGGCCUCGACAACGCUUCGACGAUGGUCGAGAUCAAUUUAAACAUCCAUGGUGUACUAAAGCUCGACGUUCCUCACCUGAAAUUGUUUUCUUGCCUCUGCCAUUCUCUGCAGCUCGCAGUCUCAGAAGCAUCUUUAAAUACUCUGCCGAACAACAUUGAAUUCAUGAUCAGAGAAACGUACAAUUGGUUCGCCCAUUCUUCCACGAGACGCUUGAAGUACUCGGAACUGUACGACGCAAUUAACGGCGAAGAAGAUCCCGUGAAAAUACCGCAAGCUACUGGGAUACGGUGGCUGUCGAUCGAUACCGUAGUCGAAAGGAUUUUAGCACAGUGGCAGAGACUCGAAUGCCAUUUCGAAACAAGUCGAUCGAAGCAUUCUUGUUUGACUGCUGACGUACUAUAUAAGAUAUACCAGGAUAAAAGUUACUUCGUUUAUCUCAAAUUUUUGCAGCCGAUACUGGGCUCGGUACAAGAGACGAGCAGAAAUUUCGAAUCGAAAACAGCUGAUCCGACGAAACUGCUCUCAGACUUGAAAAUGCUCUACGCGAGUAUAGCCAAUAGAGUUGUUCAAUCGACGGCGCUGAUCAGUACUAACGAGCGUAAUAACCGAGGGCAUUUGAAUUUGUCGUCCGCCAUGGCUUCCGCUUUGGACACAGCUUGCAGCGAGCAUGGGAUUCAUGGGGAAGCCAAAGCUAGUCUCAAAUCAAGGUGCGUCUCGUUUCUGGUGAAUCUUAAAAAAGAACUGGAAAAGCGUUUACCCCCAGAUUUCGAAAUGUUGGAAAAAAUGAAUUUGUUCUCCGUAUCGGAGUGUCUGAAAUCAGACAGAAUGCCGAUCACGGACGUGGCUUCAUACUUUGAGAAAAAUAGUGCGCCGUCGACGCUCAGUCGGAUUGAAUCCGAGUGGGACAAACUUCGUGCAAUCAAUUGGAAAGAAACAACGGACACGGAGAAGUUUUGGAUUGAAGUGGUCAAAUAUCGAGACAGCAGUGGAGAACAACAGCCCUUCAAACUUUUGAGCAAUCUUGCAUUCAAGAUUUUGUGCCUCCCCCAUUCUAAUGCACAUGUCGAGAGGAUUUUCAGCCAAAUAGAUCGCAUCAAAUCAGAGUUACCCAAUGAAACGGAUCUUGCACUCUUUGAUAGCGUGUUACACGUUCGGUUCGGUCUGGAAAGAAUAGGGGCUCCUAAUAAGCAUGGAGCUUUCGACAUUUUUGAAUCAACUAUAGCAUUGUGGAACUUUCUAAGAGCCAAAAACUAAGAUUAACCUAGAAAAAAUUUGUGCAACAACUGCUCUCUUAUAAAGUGGCAUUGUCAAAAUAUUACAGUUUUGUAAUUCGCGAUUGCGUGUGAGAUUCAUUUUAUUUCGGUACGAAAUUGAAAGAUUAACUAUAUUUUUUUACGCUAUCACUGUUAUUCGAGCUUGUGUUGUCCUGUCCCGUCUCGUUCGCUCGAACUAAAGAUUUUAAGAGGAUGGAUCAGUCGGUAUAUCGCGACCAUUAGUGCGAGAGAGAUAUUUGCAAAUUUCGAAAUCGAAAUUCUUUGACAAAGUUUGACCGAUUAAAAAAAGGCUCUGU